AUUAUAAUGCAAAGAGCUUACUGAAACUAGAGGACUGGUGUAUACAAGGAGUGGAGCUUCUUGCAUGCCGAAUCGUCCUCCUCCGGCCGCCGUCGAGUUGCUUUCCGAUCAUUUCUCCGGCGAAUUUGAGUCCUCGGGUAUCUGUAGCGGGUUCAAACCUUGAAAAUAGCUUUUGGAAAAAAUGCAAAAAUGCAAGCCAUGAAGAGGGCUCUUGAACAAGUGGAUCUCUCGUCAGAUGAGUCAUCUUCCUCUAAUGCGGAUGACCAUAAAGCUAAAAAUGGGCGUACGAGCAACAUUACCGUCGAUCAAGUUGUUGAUGAACUUGUUUCUGAAAGUACUACAAUUAAGUGUGACAGCAAGCAGAUGAAUGACAAUUUCAACAUUGGUCAAGGAGUUGAAGAACUUUUUUCUGAAGAUGCAAUUCUCCGAAGAGCGAAAAUGUACCAAGAGUACAUGCAGAUGGUUCCUAUGCCUACAGAGGCGCACUCUCUGAUUCCUUGCAACUCCUGGAGAGGAUUGGCUGCAUCAAUCAAGACAUUAUAUGGGCAACCACUGCAUUACCUGACCAACCUCCGCAUGAAGGAGUGGGAUAAAAUGAGGAUUGAGGCCGAUAAUGAAGACGAUCCAUUGGAUAUGCUCAUCCAUCCGAACAAUGCCGAAUCAUGCAUCUGGCAUUUGGAAGAAGUUCACAGGCGUACUUCGUCUCCUUCAUACCUUGCCAGACUCUGGGUUGCUGAUCCCAUGUAUCACGUUUAUAUUGAUGCUAUUUUCCCAAAGUUGCAGAAUCCAUCCAAAUAGAUUCUUCUGCAGAUACCAAUCCAUCCUAUGGACUUGGUCUAGAAUCCUGAAUUUGUAGUAUUGUAGUAUUAAAAGACAACCAUGUAUGGUUUGGAAAAUGUUUAUCCUAUGGAUGUUUGAGUCUAUGCUGUGUUCUCGUGUUGAGAGAGCAUUUUAUGUUCAUAUUUCAUAUGCUACAAAUGUUGAUCAAAUUUGCUAAUGUGCUUCGUGGUAAUGGAUUUUAAGAGAUGCAA